UCCAGUGUAUGUGACAAAACCACUCUCUCCCCUCUCUCUCUCUCUCUCUAAACUGCCAAUACCAUGGAAGACGAAUGGGGAGACAUAAACCUGGCCUCCCUCCACGACAACCCGGGAUCCAGGCCCGACCCGUCCCGCACCAGCAACUUCCUUCCCCUCACCUUUCAAGAAUUUCUCACCCGGCCCUUGAACAGCACCAACCCACAAACAACCACCAUCCACGGCGGCGGCUACACAACGUCGGAGUGUCCUUCGCCGCCGCCGGCCACCACUCUGAGCCUGAAUCCUGGCCCCGGUCACCCGUUCAGCUUCCCUCUUGGAUCAAACCCGUUUUACCAGCCCCCACCCGGGUUCCCAAAUGGGCCUGACUCUAUGAACGUAGACCCUUUUGAUGGGUUGGCUUCGUCUUGUUCGAGGUUGCCGGAUUUUGGACGGAAAAGGUACCAGGAAGCGGAAAAUAGUAGCUCCGGCGACCAGAGAAAUAAGCGGAUGAUUAAGAACAGGGAGUCGGCUGCUCGGUCGAGGGCUAGAAAACAGGAAUGUGUCUCUCUGUUUUGCUUUUUUCUCUAA